AUGCCGUCACAAUAUUCGAAACAAAUGUCUUCAACAGCCGAUAAGGAGAUCGGCGAGAUCUCAAGGAAGGAAAUUGAUGAUGCUGACCUGGCACGCAUGGGAAAGCGUCCUGUCUUAAAGCGCAACUUUGGAUUGAUGUCCAUGCUGGGUUUCAGUUGCACUAUUCUGAUUACCUGGGAGGGCAUUGUCGUGCUUUUCUUGCAAGCAUAUCAAAAUGGAGGUCCCGCUGGAGCAGUAUACGGAUAUAUCUUUGUUUGGGCUGGUGUCGCGGGAACCUUUGUGCUUCUCUCCGAGCUGGCAUCAAUGGCACCAACGUCUGGCGGACAAUACCAUUGGACUUCCAUGCUGGCUCCGCAAUCGUGCAUGAAACUCAUGAGCUACUUAACAGGCUGGUUGACUGUCAUUGGAUGGCAGGCCACGUUCGCAACCUCAUGCUAUCUGGUUGGCACGCUGAUUCAGGGCUUGGUCGUCCUCACAAAUAGUACAUAUGAGCCUAAGAACUGGCAUGGAACCCUCAUAUUCUGGGCAGUCGUGGUAUUUUCUGUUGCCAUCAACAGUGUCGGAGGAAAGGUUCUGCCUCGAUUUGAGGGCAUGAUUUUGGUUCUUCAUAUUCUUGGUUUCUUCGCAAUUCUGAUUCCCUUGACCUAUAUGGCCGACCAUGGAAAUAGCAAGGAGGUUUUCACUCAGUUCCUCAACCUGGGAGGAUUCCCAUCUCAAGGACUAUCCUUCUUUGUCGGAAUUGCGGGAUGUAUCUUUGCAUUUGCCGGUGGUGAUGCCGCAGUCCAUAUGUCCGAGGAAAUCACCAAUGCCGCAGUUGCAGUUCCCACCUCAAUCAUGCUCAGUGUCCUGAUCAACGGAACAUUGGGCUUUGGCAUGCUUAUCGCCAUGCUGUUCUGCAGCGGUGAUCUUGAAGCAGCCCUUGCGUCACCCACUGGGUACCCUUUCAUCGCCAUUUUCCAGCAAGCGACAGGGUCCGUAGCCGGUACCGCUGUGAUGGGAUCAAUCAUUACUACCAUGGGUACCACUACCUCGGUGGGAAUGUUGGCGUCUACCUCCCGCCAGUUCUGGUCCUUUGCCAGAGAUCGCGGUAUUCCCGGCUGGCGAGUUUGGAGCAAGGUCACCGAAACCUCCGCCAUCCCCUUAUACUCCGUGCUAGUCACAUCUGUCAUCGCCUGUCUACUCGCACUCAUCAACAUCGGCUCACCGGUCGCCUUUAACGACCUUGUCUCAAUGUCGAUCUCCGGGCUCUAUCUCUCAUACAUGGUAGUUGGUGUCCUUCUUCUCUGGCGCCGUUGCACGGGUGGGAUCAGCAAUGCCCGUGGCAACGAUUCCGAAGUCGUCAACACCGCCGGUGCGAAGCUCGUCUGGGGUCCUUUCCAUGUCCCCGGUAUCUGGGGUAUCCUGAUCAACGCUUGGGCCUUGAUUUACAUGACGAUUGCUGUCUUCUUCACCUUCUGGCCGACUUCCUGGAAGGUGACAGUCGAGACCAUGAACUUUAGUGUCGUUGGAACCAUGGGUACCGUCAUCCUCAGUCUGGUUUACUAUUAUAUCCGUGCGAGAAAGGUCUACCAGGGACCUAUCAUGGAGCACACCUUGUGA